AUGAGUCUAAACAAUGGUCAAACUCUGACCGCCAGUAAACAGGACUUGACCAAGAAUGACAGCAGCAACCGAGCCCCCUGGGAAGAUGCUAAGAUGGUUUUAAAGCCCUCCACCCCCACCAGGAAACCUAAACCACCCAAGCCGGAGAAUGCCAUCACCAUCGCUGUGUCAUCACGAGUCCUCUUCAACAUGGAGAAGGAGCAGCAGAUCUACGAGCAGCAAGGCAUGGAGGAGUACAUCAAGUAUCAGGUGGAGCAUGAAACGCAGCCUUUCAGCCCCGGACCUGCCUUCUCCUUUGUCAAGGCUCUGGAGGCUGUGAACACUCAACUGAGGGAGCUUUAUCCUGAGAGCGAGGAGCUAUUUGAUGUUGUGCUCAUGACCAACAACCACGCACACGUUGGCCUACGACUUAUCAAUACCAUCAAUCAUCACCAGUUGUUCAUCGAGCGCUUCUGUAUGACAGGAGGAAAUAGUCCCAUAGGCUACUUGAAGGCCUACCACACUAACCUUUACCUGUCUGCUGAUCCAGUCAAGGUUCGAGAAGCUCUGGAGGAAGGUAUAGCAGCAGCCACUAUGUUCACCCAGGAGAAGAUCAUGGAGGUGUCGCAGACUCAGCUGCGUGUUGCCUUUGAUGGUGACGCGGUCCUUUUCUCAGAUGAGUCUGAGCGCAUUUACAAGGCACAUGGACUGGACAAGUUCUUUGAGCACGAGAAGGCACACGAGAACAAGCCUCUGGACCAUGGACCACUGAAAGGUUUCCUGGAGGCUUUAGGAAAGCUGCAGAAGAAGUUUUAUGGCAAAGGCCAGCGCAUGGACUGCCCCAUCCGGACUUACUUGGUGACAGCUCGCAGCGCAGCCAGUUCUGGUACCAGAGCCCUAAAAACUCUGCGCUCAUGGGGUCUGGAGAUCGAUGAGGCUCUCUUUCUGGCAGGGGCACCCAAAGGUCCCAUGCUGGAGAAGAUCAGGCCGCACAUUUUCUUUGACGACCAGAUGUUUCAUGUGGAGGGGGCAGCGGAGAUGGGGACAGUGGCGUGCCACGUGCCCUAUGGGAUAGCUCAGAGAGUUAUUAAGAGAGAAAUUAAGGACAAAGAGAUUUCUUCAGCACCCAAGUAGCCUGGACAUCAAUGUUCAAAGGCACAAGCGAUGAAAGGGACAUUUCAUUUUGGAUUUCAGCACCUGGAGACGUUAUAAUUGUAUUUAAAGCUUUGAAAACAUUUCUUGAAAAUGUAACAAACCCUAUUUGAUGCAAUAUGACUAAUAUUGUAAUAUACAGCAAUGUGAUGUCACACUAACAUUAUCAAAUAAUUGUUUUAAUUAACAUUCAGUGACAUUUCAAGUCAGAGGCUUAUUUUAUCCAGUGGUUGUUAUAUUAUCAGUUCACAAAGAGGUUCAGCUUUCUAAUAUGGAACCCCUUAUAAACAGCUAAUACGUUGUAACUAAUGGCUUUACUAACCGUUAAUAAUAAUCAUGUACUAAAGCUUUAUAGAUUAGUUAUAAGCCAUUCAUAAGAACAAUGUUUGUGUUGCUAGAUGUGAAAAACAAUUUUCACUGAUGGACCACAUGGCUAUCUUGUGUAAAGGAGCUACAGAAGAUAUAGAACAAAAUCCACUUAUUAGGCACUUAUUAACCAACUAAUGUUUACCAACUGCAGUCAGAUAGGGUCAAAGGGAUUUUUCACAACAUGGUAACCCUAAAUUUGUUAUUCUUAAAAAUUAUUUAACCAUUAUUAAAGCCAUUAGUUACAACUUAUAAACCCUUUAUAAAGAUUGCCUUAUUAUUACUAUUAUCAUUAUUAUUUUCAGUUGGAAUAAAGAGUUACUCUCCUGUAUUAUUUUUGGUAUUUACAUUUUUUACCCACAACAUUGUAUAACACUUUAGAAAGACAAAAAGCCAUUCAAAAUGAUGUCUAUUUAAAUAUCUGAAACAGAACCAAAUAUUAGAUUUAUAAAAAUCUUUAUUUAGACGGCAGGUUACUGAGGAAACAUGAAGUGACUUAAGGCUGUUUUUGAUAAAGAGGGAUUCUGAGUGCAGCCUGGUUGUGCUAACUUCCUGCUACACAGCUGAACUGAAGACAUGCCAUCAGUCUGCAGAAUCUCCAUUUUGAUUUAUACAAUUUAAUCACUUCACUGCUUGUCUGUGUGUUUUUAAAGCGGUGCCUUUUUCUCACUAUUAAUCAUGCAUGUUGUUGGUAUAUGUAUGAUGUACGUGUGGUUGUUUGAUCAAUGUACAUGAAUGUAUUUUAAAAUUGCAAUGAAGUAUAAGUAAAAUGGAAACAAUUAAUUUGUUGAUUUAAUGUUUCUUCUUUUUCAAGAAGUUAAAGAUGAGAUUUAACAUGUUUAGCAUUUAUUGGCAUCCAUUUACUGUUCUGUGUAUGAGUGUGAAGUUGGUAUUGAAUAACAAGCAUGCUCAGAUGUGGAUGUAAAUGUAAAUCUGGGCCAAAUGAGCACUGUGAACUGUGAUGCAAUCAAAUGUUUCUGUUUCAAGGUUGAAGUAAA